AUGGCGUCAGUGCAAAACCGAGACGAUUGCGUUUGUUUGAACAUACGAAAUUGGGCGUGAGGAAGGUAGAAUAUUGAAAAAUCAUUCUCAUUCUUCGAUCAACUAUUAAGAAACACCCAGACAGAGAAUUAUUAUUAAUCGCCAUUCAUGUUUUUUUAUGUAUGUGGCCUACUUUCAUGCCUGGUGUUAUUUAGGGAGCUGGCAAAAGGGUUAAAAACUCCAAUUCCCAACAGCCUUGUCGAGAGGUUAAGGCAGAGUUGUGUGGUUGUUCUGGUAAUUGUAGUUUUUAAACCAUUUCCUGCUUUCCUGUUGAGUUUUAGGGCUCAUAGCAUGGAGAACGUAUGUAACGAAAUUUUCAGAGGCAUUUGUUUUGUGUUUUGUUUGAUUUAAAGCUUGGAAAAAUCACUGCCUGUUUUUUUUUGUUUGUUUUGUUUUUUUUAAAUUACAAGCCCACCAUCAUGUACAGUUAUUAUCCAUGCUGUUUAUUUCAAAACAGUUCAUAAAAGGUUGCUCUUAAAAAGAAACAUUACAAGUGGAUAUUGCAGUUUGGCUUGAAACAUCUGAAAGGAAAGGGUGGUGGGUGGGUCAGGAGCUUUAGGCUCACCAUGGCAACACAGACAGAGGAAGGAAAAAAGCACCCAAAAGAUAGCAGCAGUCCUAAAGAGACCUCCCCAGGCUCUCUGGAAAUGUCGCUGUCUUGGUGCCUGGCCCAGCUGACCAAAUCAAGCCCUUCACCUGGCAGCCCCAGCAGUGGGCUGACCGGGGCCGACGUUAAGGCAGUCACUGGAAGGGAGGCAUAUAAGAGACUGAGAGCGGGGCAGUGGAAGGCUCUGGUGGCCAUCCGCACCCAGCACAUCAAAGGGGGAAGCAGCAGGCUAGUGCGUUUCCGGACCCAGGGGGGGCUGCAUCCCUUGCUGGAUAUCCUGCGCAGGCCUGAAAGCUCCAGGAAGAUCCUGGACCUGGCGCUCAGCAUCCUGGCCAACUGCUGCACGGAAAAACACACGCGGGCCGAGGUGAGGAAGUUGGAUGGUGUUUCUAUUGUGGUGGAGGUCCUUAAGAGACAAGUGUCUGUGGAGACGGUGGAGAACCGAGCCGCUCGUACCUUGGGGAACCUCGCCGUGGACCCCGAGGGUUCUUCCCAGGUCCACUCUGCAGGUGGUGUUCCUCCGCUGCUCCUCUGCCUGUCCCUCUCGUGCUCUUCCUCACCAUCCUCUCCCUCAGCCCUGGUGCCAGCCCAGGCACCCUCCUCUGCCAAACUGGAACGCGCGCAGUCAGCCGCUCGCGCCCUCUUCUACCUGUCUGACACACCUGCCAACCGCCUGGCGCUGCUCUCCCAGGGAACUCUGCCUGCUCUCACCCCCUUCCUCAGCCCCGAGUACCCACCGGGCCUGAGGCGGGCAGCCCUGCGCGCCGUCCACGAGCUGACCAGGGGCUGUGGCGCCGAGUGUGCCAGAGAGGUGUCCGCAUCUGGGGCGCUGGCUCAACUCGGGGUACUGGCUUCUGGAGAGGGCGGCAGGCCUCUGGAGGAGCUAGCGUUGAAGACUCUGGCGAACCUUUGCUCUCAAGGUUGCUUGCGCCCUCUGGUGGGCUCACUUGGCGUCAUCCAGAAGUUUACAGGGGAAGUUAAAAGGGAUCCCUUAAGGUCAGGAGUCUUUUUCAAGGCUUUAUGCCUGUGCUGCAAAGAGGCCGUGAACCGGGCCAAAGUAAAAGAGAGCGGAGGGCUUGAAGUGCUGAUUGGUUUCCUGGCUGCCCAUCACAAUCACCCUCUCACCCGAUUGGCUAUUUUGGCGUGCGUUGACUUUGUCUAUGACGAGUCUGCCCUGGAGCAGCUGCAGGAGCUGGGCCUGGUGCCACUCCUGGUCGCACGCCUGGUUGAACUCGCCAAAGGGGAGGAGCUCAGCGCAGGCAAGAUGGACGCUAGCCUGACGUCUGGCCCCCAGUGCUCCGAGCUGAUGGCUUCCUGUUUUGACUCCUUCGACUUUCCUCCUCCUGAGGGGAGCAGGAGGGAGGAGGUGGGAAAGGAGCAGGGUCCUGGCUCCUCCAGCUUCCUCAGCCUCAGGUCCUGGCUGGUGUCCGAGGGUCUGAUCUCCUCAGAAGGGGAGCUGAUGGAUUCUCCCUGUGUGUUGGAUGGAGAUGGGAGCAACCCUUACUCCUUCUGCUCUCGCUCCUCCUCUUCCUCGUCGCCCUGUCCGACCCCUGUCUCUGACGCGCAGAAGCCCCUCUCCUGGCCCAAGCCCAGCUGCCUGUCCUCCUCUGCUGCUCCAGGGGCGCCUCCUCCCCCCAUCCCCCCCCCUCUCUUACUCCCCUCUUGCUCUUCGACUCCCCAGCCCAAACCUCCUCCCCCCUCCCCCUCCCACCUCAAAGUGCCCUCCCCUCCCAGAAAGCGACUCCGCACAUCUUCAUCCUCCUCUUCCUCCUCCUCCUCCUCCUCCUCUUCCUCCGCCCCUUGCCACACGAGCCUCGUGUCCCUGCGCACCCCCCUGGCCACAGCCAAGCCCCCAGUCUACCUGCACCCGUACCACCCUGAGCCGUGGGCGCCCGAAUCGCCCAUCCUCCUCCUGCUGUCCCGCUUCUCGCAUGCGGCCGACCCCAGCGCUGCGCUGCUUGGCGCCACCAUCUUCUCGGGCCUGCUCUACUACCUCACGCACCACCCAGACCCCAGCGGGCGCUGCUUCCGCCUGCUGGCCCGGCUCAGCUGCAACCCCAACUGCCUGCAGGCGCUGGUCCGUUCCGGGGCUGUCUCGCUCCUCCGGUACCGCCUCUGCCUCGGAGACAAGCAGAGAGGCAGGACGGCCGGGACCAGGGACAGGCAGUCGGACCGCGUGAAGGCCAAGGUCCGACAGCUGGGUCAGGGACUCCUGAGCAACGUGCGUGUUCAGAGCGAGACGGCCUUCGGGACGGGAGUUCUCACCCAUACCAUCCUGUCGGGUUCGGAAGCCGACAAGCUGUUCUGUGUCCUCUCUCUGCCUUUGAUAACCAGUAAUAGGAUUCUUUUGAAGAAACUGCUGCUGGAUAGUGGAGCUUUGGCCUUCGCCCUUGAACCUCUCAGCUGCCUGGAGGACAGCGAGAAGGAAAUGGAGCGCGCCGAUAAACGCACUACAGUCCUCUCAGCCUGGAUCUGUCCACCUAAACAGGUGUCUGCCAGCCGACUGCGUUCCCUAUAUGUCUCCCUCCUGAUUGGCUGCCUGUCCAGUCUCGUGGCGUGUUCCAAGGUCGGAUUGGACAGAAGCAAGUGUGUCUCGGAUAUCGCAGUGGAGGCACCGUUCAAUCCAGUGAGGAGUCCCCAGCUUCUUCGAGGUCCACAGAUCUCCGAACCCUGCCCUUACCAAGCCUCAUCCUACGACCUCAGCUUCCUACUGGACGACGGGACCUUGCUUCCGGCCAAUCGGGUAGCGGUUGCUGGGGAGGAGGGCAUGGAAGAGGUGGGGUCUGAGUACUUCCGUGCCCUGCUGAGGGGCGGGUUCGGUGAGGCCCGCCGGUCGUCGGGGGAGGCCGUUCCCAUCGGAGACGUGAGCAGCGGGGUGCUGUUUCCCGUGCUCCAUUACCUUCACGGCUGCCGGAUGUCCAGCACGACCCACGUCUGUCCGCUUUUGUCCUCCUUGGUCUCGGGAGGUCUGGCAGGUCAUGUGGCAUUUCAGAAGAGCCCCUUGGCUGAGGUGAUGAUAGGGGCCAGUCGCUUUCUGGUGUCUGGAUUACAGCAGGCAGCCGAGGAUCAUUGCAGGUCCCUGAUCUCCAGUGUGGCUUUGCCUGACGACCGAGCGGGAAGCACCAGCAGGCCCGAGGCAGGGCUUGUUUCCCGAGGCCCCGCCCAGCCAGGGGCUGUGACGCCAGCCCUGGUGACUAAGAGCAGAACAUCUGCGGGGCCAGGGGGCCAGAGCGCUGUGCCAAAGUGUUGUGCCCAGGGACCCGAGCGCGGCCCCGACGCUGUCUCAUGGACCUCACCCUCUGCGGGGGAGGCUGCCGAGGGCGGCGGCCUGCGGGCCCUCCUGCCCCAGGUGUACUGGUUCUCCCAGCGCUACGCCUACCCCCAGCUGGGCCGCACCUGUCUCUCCGUGCUGUUGCGGCCGCAGGAGGUGCAGUACGCCCCGCUGCCCCCGUCCGUCUCCGCCGACUGCCUCCUCUGUUUGGCCAGAGGCGUGGACAGCUCGGAGAACCUGCGCCUGGACCUCCUGAGCCUGGCCUCCGCCGCUCUGAGCUAGCACCGCCGGCACGCCCCUGCAGUUAUCUGGAACGUUCCACUUGAGACAUAACUUGCAAACAAAGUCCAGAAAAGCGGAGUUUUCUAAUGACCACAUACGGCAUUAUGACCGACUGCCAUGUCUUCAUCCUAGAGAUAUGCCAAUUAAACAAAUGCGAUGUUCUGUUGUUUUUUUUCCUUUCCUCAGCAUGUCGUUUCAUAAUUCACUGUGCUAAAGACUUGGGCAGUUCAGUAUGAGCUAGUGCAGAAACUGCGUUUGAGAUGUCAAGACCACAAACCUUGCUUGGUCUUCAGAGAGCAGAGCAGAGCAGAGCCCGUGGUGAUGUGACUAGAGGAUUGUGGAGUUUCCCAGUCCAGAGUUUUCAGGAACCAUCAGCCAGUGCAAGUUUUUGUUCUAUUCUGGUUUUGUUUUCUUGUUUUUUUAAUUCGUUCUUCGUAGGCAUGACCUAUUGACUACUUGAAUUGUUGAUUAUGUGAACUAUUGAUUAUCCGGCUUAGCAGUGCCGGGAGCUGAAGAGGGUAAACCUGUGGACCCUCUGGAUGUCCCCAGGAGCCCAGACUGAGGACUCUGUAGGCGUUCAGUUUAAAUUGAACCUGAAUCAAAGUGGAGGCCCAAAGGGGAGCCAGGAGAGAACUGUGUCUGGAAAUGAUGGGAAGAGGUCAGUUUGAAUUUUGGAUUUGCAGUUUGGACCAUGUUAGCUUUGGUCUUUAUUCGUGCAGUAGUUAUGAGGUGGCAGACGUUGUCAGUAGUUUUACUUUGUCAUUUUUCUUCAUUAUUAGUACCGUUUUGGUUUUGUAUAUCAUCAUUUGUAAAAUAAGACUCGUUAUUUCUUCUUCUUUUUUAAGGACUUUCUGCACACUAGUAUUCCUAAAUUAAUUUUCCAUGUGGUCCAGAAGGGUACGUUAUUGAUGCUGCGUUCAGACGCUACUUCAGAUGCUUUGCAACAUAAGUGAAGUAGUUUAUGACUGUACAGGUGUAUUAUUAUGUGAAUUAUGAAUAAGACGAGGAGAGAGUAAUGUUUACGUUCAAUUUUCAUUUCUUAAUUUUGUAAAAAAGGACAAAAGCCCAAUGUAUUAGGUAUCAAAAGUAGAUGUAAAUGAGUUGGUUUAUGUUUGGCUACCAUGUGCUGUAAAUGGAAAUGAUAUUAAAGGCCAGAGUCAGAGGGGUUUCACCUCUUCAUGAAA